UCGCGAGGCGAUCGUUUCAUCCCUAAUCGAGAGCUGUCUCGAUCUGCCGGUCUAAUGGCAGAUCAUUUGCGUGACGGAAUGGGUGGUGAAACUCUGGCAGGAAGAGCAGGCAGCUCGAACAACAGCACAGGUAGAGCUUCUUCACCUUUCGAUAGAACGAUGAACGAUCACAGUCAAAAUCUCACCGAAGCUUUGCAAAUGGAAAGAGGUCAUCGAAUCUUGAGCUUCAAUGCAAUGGCACCUGACACACAUUCUGCACCCGAGAUGCGCAGUCGAUAUGCUGUUCCACGUCCAAAGAUCUUGCCAUCUUCUUUAACUGCAGGAGGAAGGAGAAGGAUUGCAACAACACCAGAAAAGACUUUGGAUACGCCAGAUAUGCGGGAUGAUUUCUAUUCGCACCUCUUAUGUUGGAGCUCACAAAAUGUCAUUGCUAUCGCUCUUGGAGGAUCAGUCCACACCUGGAACGGUAAUACAGGUGACGUUUCCGAAGUUUGCGAUUUACUCGAGAUGAGUGAAAGAGUUGGAGGAGGACAAGCUUCUGUGGUCAAAGCAAUGACAUGGGACGAUUCAGGAACAUUGUUGCAGAUCGGUACAAAUACGGGUCACGUACAAAUCUGGGACAUGGAAACACAAACGAGGGUGAGAACAUUCAAACCUUCAGCUGAUGGACAGGAUGCAGCUGAUAAUACCAGCGUUACAACUACUUCAUGGGCCGAAGAUGGUACGCUUGCUUUGGGAUAUUGGAGUGGUCUGUUGCGGGAACAUGAUCUACGUCAACGCGAUAGUAUCAUUCGUGAUAUCCAUAGUGCCCACACUCAAAGCAUUUGUGGAAUGUCUUAUCGAGCUGAUAGUGCUUUAUUGGCCACUGGAGGUAAUGACAAUGUUGUCAAAGUAUGGGAUCGCAGAUCAAAUACGGCAAAGAUGCAAAAAGAACGACAUCGGGCGGCAGUACGGGCUUUGAGUUGGUCUCCGAUGAAUUCUUCCCUCUUGGCUACUGGAGGUGGAACGUUGGAUAAAGCAAUUCACUUCUGGAAUGUGACACAAGGAACUCGAUUACAAAGCAUUCAGACUGAUGCUCAAGUAACUGCAUUGCACUGGUCAUACAGAUACAAGGAGAUUGCCAGCUGUCAUGGUACUUCCGCAGCUUCAGAAGGUAGUGCAACUCCCUCAUAUCUUAAUCUCUGGAGCUAUCCUUCAUUGGAUAAGCUGGAAAGUUUGGCUGCACAUGAAAGUCGUACAUUGCACUCUUGCUUGAGCCCUGAUGGACAAGUAUUGGCAACCUGUGGUACGGACGAAAGUCUAAAGUUUUGGCGUUUAUUCGAAGUUUUGGACGAU